ACACUUUUGAAAAAUACAAAGAAUAUCGCCGCUGACAAAAAGAAUGAUACAAUAGUCAAUUUGCCGAACCUCCUUACAUCGGAGCCGGAGGCAAAGAAAUCUGAACUUACGAGCAAUGAAAGCAAGGAUGCUACAAGUAAGAACAAAGAUGGCAGAUUAACUUUCCUAGCCUCUUUUAUAGAACCUUUUUUUGAAAAAGAAGGGAUGGGUCCUAUCAAAAAGCAUUUGGUAGAACUUUUUCAACAAAUAGAACUUGAUUUAGCCAUAAAACAACCAGCUUUUUGA